AACAUUGCUCAGGCUGUGCACUGUCGUCUCGAUGAAGUUCUGAUCAUUUUCGGCUAUCUAAUAUCAAGAUAUAUUGUGCUACAAGGGAAGGCUUCAGAAUUCAAUGAUCCAGUCUAUCUCAAUUCUCUCGAAAAGUGCUGGAGCAAAUGUGAUCAAGAUGUAUUUCUAGAUGCAGUUGUUUUGAAUCCCCUUUACAGGAUCAAGCCCUUCGCUCGCCUUCACAAAUUUACCAAUGCAGGACUCAUGACACUAUUUGUCAAAUUAUGGGGUCAAUUUUUCCCUAAUACACCCUCCAACGAGUUUCAAAAGGAGCUCUUGGAGUAUCUAGAAGGACAUGGGGACUACAGUGAAGAAUUUAUAAACUGGGUGGACUUGGUUCGAAGUGCGACUGAGGUCGAGCGAAAAUGUCCCGACCCUCUCAAGAUGUACGACAGCAUACAUUUUCAAGACGUCAAGCCAACACCACUGCAGAAAUUCACUCAGCAAAUGUUUCCGAUCUGUGCAAACUCGGCCUCUUGUGAACGUCUUUUCAGCACAACACUCACAAAACUUUGUUCGCGCCUCAGUCUUAGAGGCCUCACAGACUGGACAGAAUUGCACUUGCAUUUGCGAGACAAGUAUAUGCAGAUGGGGGACAAAAAGGGCUGUCUGCAUUGCACAAGGAAAAUCAUCCCCGACCCACUACCCCCACCAGCCACUAUGACUAUAACUCCUGCAGACUCUGUUCCUGAUGAUCUAUCAUCAGAGUCUGAGCAGCCGGAAACUCAGGAUGGAGACACCAUUGAUGAUGACCACUCACUCGGGCACAUCACAUCUCAUUCAUUAGAAGACGAGAACACCAUAGCCAUGGGGUCUGCAUUCAAUGAUAUCCCCCUUCAACAACUUUUCAACUUCGAAGAUGAGAGCUGGGUAAAAAUGACAGAAGCGUUCGGGAUGAGAUCAAUUGAUGAUGAAUUCAAGUUUUAUGAGUUAGUCGACAUGGAUGCGGAAGGUGAAGAUGAUGAG